AUGGCGACGGCCAAUCAGGAUAGGAUACAGUUAGGAUUCGAUGAAAAUCGGAAUUGUCAAGGUUCAAUAGUCCUUUAUGGUUUAGUGAUCCUCUCAGAUGUUACUUUUGUGAUUCUUGCAGCUUUAUUCACAACAGCACACACAAAAAAUGUUUCCUUCAUGACCAAUCAGAUUUCACCAAACCUCAAGGUAUCAAAGUUUUCUGAUUUUAAACCCAGUGUCCUACCAAGUUUACUAUCUCUUCUUCUCCAAGUCCCCAACCCGACCCCUUUGUCUCUCUCUUACCCACCAGAAAACCCUAAUCUUCGAAUUCAAUUCGAAUUCCAGCCACCACCCAUAAUCCUCUCUUCUCUUCGAGGAACAACCACUACCCACCAUCCCACUUCACAGCUCAAACUCAUCACCGAACCCUUCUCUCCCUUCUCUCUCUCUCUGUCGCUGCUCCUCGCCGUGGGUCGUUGCCGCUUCUCUGCUCCUCCCCGUGCGUCGUUUCUGCUUCUCUGCUCCGCACCGUGUCUCGCCGUUGUUGCUUCUGUUCUUCGCGUGGAGUCUAUAGUCUCUGCUUCAACCCUCUCAGAUUUAGCAAUGGCAACUAAGUCAUUAUUGGUCGUCGCUCAUGACUAUCGGGUUGAAUACAUGAUCACACCAGAAACAACAGUGCAGCAAGUGAGAGAACUCGUGACUCAGCUAAGACAAUUGGACGGAGAUCAUUUGCCUGCCUUUUUCAUCCAUCGUGAUGAAAUGAUCGUUGAUAACCACGAGGUGCCAGAUGAUCUCGUCUUGUGGGAUCACGUACAUCCACAUACGGAGUUGGUUUUUUUUGGCGGGGGAAAUGAAAUUGCCACGGUGGGGGGCACGGAUGAUGAAGAUGGAGAAGACAAUGAUGGCGUAAGUAAAUAAAAAGUUCUUCUAAUAUUUUAGCUAUUUCAACCUUGUUAUAAGACCUUCAAUUUCAUUGUUAUGUGUUUUACCUUAAGUUGUGUUUCAAACUUUAAAACUUUAGUGAUGAAUAUAUAAUUAAACUCCGG